AUGUCCGACGAUGAAACUGCAGUGUAAGUCCGCAAGACAUGUCUUACAUGCGCAGUUUGCUUUCCUUCUAAGCCGCCUAUUCAGAAGUUGUUUUUGUUCGGUUUUGCCACUGGCCUGCGACGUCGCAACGCGUUUGCAUGAGCGUAUUCCCACGUUAACUUUUUACCAGAAGUUUUCUUCCCCCUCCCACACGAGUAUGAGUAUGUGUGAGUGGUAGUGAAGGAUGGGGUUAAAAAUAGGCGAUCACAGUUGGCUGUUCGUCGCGAAUCGUUCUGCGUCUCACUUAAAAGCCAAUAGGUCCAAGGUUAGGCAUGGAACAUACAGCUUCCACACUCCCCACCUGGCAUCUCUUCACUGCUGGUGUCGCUGUUGCUUCCUAACGAGUCAUUACACUGCAGAGGUGGAAAAGGAGCAUUUGCCGCUGUGGAAGAAAAGGCAGGAGUUAGCGCAGUACUGGGAGUUAUUCUAAAAUAGCGCCACAAAAUUCCUUCGCGAGAUGUCAUUGGUAAUUGAUUUGGUCAACAUUUUUUUCUGGUUAUGGUGCGAGUCUUGAAUAUUCUUGACCAUUCAGAAUGAAGAAGGGUUUUUAUUUAAUUAUUCAAAUCUGUUUUUCGUCUCACGGUUCGUUAAAUACAAGAGUUAAGACAAACAUAAUGAGUGUACUCAAAGAUUGCAAGGACGAACUAGCCACAAGUUGUUGAGAGCUAAAACGUUACUCAUACUACUAAUAAGACUAGGGAAACCCAUGAACUGACCUUACUUUUUUAAUAUUCUCUCUACUCGUCUGUUUGGUUGUCGCUAGCACAAAUUUAUGGUGAACAUCAAGAACGACUAACACCAGAAUUUGUGCAUGAAGAUUGUUUGUUCUCAUAGAACUUUAUAUUGGAAUAUUGAUAUAACGAAUUAGGGGCGUUUGACGUUUCCUAUUACUAAGCAAACCCUUCGAGUUUCUAAGUAAAUAUAAUUCAGCCCACUCUGACUCUGGCCUCUUGUCCUGUACUGGAGCCGAUGUGAAUGUGUUAACUCCGUUUUCCAUGCGCCGUCGUCUGUAUAUCUUUUUAUUGUUCAAGUAGACGUCCAAUUAUCGAAAAUAUGAGCAUGUCAGACUUGUUAUUCACGAAGAGGAGUAUUUAAUAACAUUUUUGAGUUUUGAUUUAAUCUAACAAAAACAGGUAGACUGUAAGUAUUUUCCUUUUUUCCACCAAUUCUGAAACGCCUAAGUUUUAUCUUCCCGAUAUUGCACUCGAACGCUGAUAUUUCAGUUAGGCAUCUGUUGAAGGCCCUUAGACGAGCCUGUCAUUUGGUAACAGUUGGAUUAGACAAGAUCGAAGCCGCAGGCGGUAGGACUGGUUCGGUAAUGCAUUAGUUUGUGAAGGUGACCUUUGACAUAUUGAAGUAUAAAUACGUCGAUUAUAGGAACAAACAGACGAAAAUUAAAAGAUGAACUUUAAAAGAGGCAAAUAAAUGCCGUCGGGAGAACUGACCGCUUGUCUUCUCAUAAAUGGACUAAAACGCCAGGAGGAGUUCGGAAGCCCUGCCUACUGAUCUGACACCCCGAGUGCGCACGAGCGUCAGUCGUGGAAGAUGGUGUCGAGAACGUUGUUUCAGUCAACUGUGGCAAUCCAGUUGUGUUUUGGGAAGAACAGUGACGUGAGGCCUUUGCUGUAAAUCCCGCUGUCCCGCUGUGUCGCACCGGGAGCUGGAGGAGUGUGGAGCCGUAAAAGGGAUUCAGCAGUGCUGUGGGACAAGGUGAAAGGCUCCUAUCCCCAACAAAGGUGUCGCCCUGCACACAUGCUAAUCGCUCUUGCUCACAUGAUUCCUUUUGCCGCUUGCUUACUCACGUAAACCCCCGAACCAGGAGAAGGAGGGGGCCACAGAAGUCGACCAAUGUCGGGCCCGCGUGGGUCUCUACGGCCGUGCAGCCGUUCUCUCGCCUUGUAUUCGGCGUCUUCAAAGGGAAGAGACAUGUGCUGGUGUUAUGCAGUGUUAAAAUACGCACCUGACGUUAAUCAGCAACUUCCCAACGACGAUUCUUCCAGCCUGAUUGGACAGGCCCGCGAAGUGAAAAAUAAUUUUUUGAUUGAUCUUUCUUCGCCUUCUUCGUAAUAAAGAGAUGAAAUCAGUUCCCGCAUGUGUUCACCAGAAAUUUAGUAUUUUGACUUACGAAGAAAUUUACGCAAUUUUAUUAGUCCUUUACGCGCGUAUCUCUAGGUGUCUUGGUAUCGCUUGCUUGGCAUACUGGUUGCUGUGUGCCAGGCACAAUUAGUUUGCAAUUGUUAUCACCAACGGUUAGUGCUUACCGAAACGCUCAAAACUUUUUAGAAGUUCUUCACGUUUCAAAUUUAAAAAUCCUAUCGAAAAGUUAUCGAACGGGGUCAAGAGGGGCCUAAAUGCUCUUUUUCGGCUUUUUGGCCGCCAUCGGCCAAUCAAAGUUCAGAAGACCCAUGGUUCAAACGAGACUCCUUUGUAGUUGUGUCUCAAAAGAACCUCAGUUGCUAUGCCAGGCGCUCAAGUUCUUUUAACGUGUGUCGAGAGUAGUCUGUUCAAAUGGACGUGCGAAAUAAUGCUUAUGGAAUGUACGCGGAAGUGAGUCUUUAGGCUGAACCUGCCAGAGCUCUUGUUCAAACCAAAUAAUGACAGGUGCGCCGGUUCUAUAUGUAUUUAAGGCGGCGACCGUUGUUCUUCUAAAGACUUUGUACGUCAUUUCUCCCAGUGAUUUUGUAGAAAAUCAUUCCUUUGCAAAAUUUUGCAUUUGGAUUUAUGAAAUCUUUCAGUCUGGAGAGUUCGAUGAAUUACACAAAUUAUAGGCCCUGGACCUGAAGUAUACCUUUACUGAAGGCUUUCAAGCUAAUUUUUCUCCACUUAUUGACGGAAACUCUUUGAUGCUUUCUUUCAUAUUCCGGUAAAAAAACUUCCGAACUCAUACAACACCGUACAAUGUGCUAUCAAUCGACUUGUUUUGGAAGCACGACUAAUCAAGCCAUCGAUAUUCUAUUAUGGAUUCAAAAAGUAGCAGAGCAGCUACGUUUUCAGAAAGCGAAGUGCCCUGUGUAGUUAAAGACUAUUUUUGAAGGAACUACCGGUUGCUGUAAAGUAAUGAAAUAUUUAUCAACUCUUUACGAGAAAAGUAAUACAGAGGUCGGACAGGUAGGGGUAAGUUUAUGCUUAUUACAUGGGGGUUGUUUUCGAUUGAGCUCUUCUUUGGUGAACUGAUCUAUUAUAACUGAAAAUGCUGCCUGUCAUGGUGUACGUGUGGUAUGGUGUAUGUAUACGUGUCACCGUGACCAGUAUGCCAGUCAUCCAGUCGUGCCCUUUUCUUACCAGUCUGUCAAAACUUUACCAGUUUUAGAACAUUGUGAAGCUGGCGCAUAAAAGUCUUCAGAGUAGGAAAAGACACAAGCUGCAGUCCUGUAAUGCUCUGGUGUAUUUUUCUGUCAAAGCAUGGGCCCGAUUUAAAUGUUGACCAUCAAACAGAUAUUAUUUCCCUCGAAACUUUUAAAAAGUGGGCUUUUGACAAUCUACGUGAAUGUUGGAAAACCAAGAACGGAAAUGUGUCCAAACGAAAUGACUGCUUUUAACAGUUUCGCAUGCCCAAGGCUGUUGCAAGCAGUUCUGUUGCAAAACUAGCUCGCGAGCUCAUCAUCCAACUCAGUAAGAAACGUGUGAUUUUCAGACCAAAUGCAUAGUUAGACGAGCGUUCAAAGACAGUCUUUAAACUGGGAUUCACUUUCACAGCGAAACACUCCCAAAGAGAUUGCGGACUUAUAAUUGUAUUUACUUGCAAAUUGGUGUAGAAUUCAACGGUUAUUUAAUGACUCAUUUGUUUCACAUCUAAUCCGCGAUCCAACGUAAAGUUCUUAAGAUCGGUGACUUGGGUUUUAACUUUCCCUCCGAAAUCAGUCAAACAUUGGUGAAUUGUGCACUCGGCUAUUGGCCUACGCCCGUGCCGACUGCCCCUGAAAACGUCCACGCCGAUAACAGUUGUCAUCUACUUGCCUUGAUUACUGAAUGGGACAUACGCGACCCGACUGUGCCUUGAUACACGAAUGCUCGAACCCGCAGAGGUAGCUGGAGCCCAUUAAGCAACCAAUAAUAAAACAGUAUAUCAAUAAAGUCUGUGAAAGAAAAAGGUAAUAUUCCUGACCUGCGCAUCCUCACCAGUCAGUCGUUUCCAGUCCCAGGCGAGGGUUGGGUAUGGGGAUUCGCAUUCCCCACUCGAUAAUUUAGUUAAACCAGCAGAAAAUCGCAUCACCUUAAUGGACUUAAAAAAUCCAUGGUCCACCUUCUUCAUAGACGCUAAAAGCUGUUAGCUGCGACACGAAGGUUUAAAGUGCACGAACGAGGAAGAUCAUUUUUUACAAGAUAUGUGCGUGUGGGCGCACAUGACGGGGUGAAAUGCCUAGCACGCCUCCGCAUUAAACCCCACCUCCGCUCUUCUAAAAUUAAUCUCAUGUAUGGUAGGUGGUAUGAAUGGGAGGUCAAUGUUAAACAGCCUUGCCUCUAAAUACACCACUUUAUGCGCGUAGCAUCACUGCUGGAAUAGCCGUAGUCUCUUGCGAGCACAAAUGGAGCAAUACCGGUAUCCUGCAAUGUUUGGGCAUGACAGAAAGUGGAGUGUCAUUAGGACAGUUAAAUAACAACUUGCUCUCAUGCAGUUUAUGGUGCGCCCAGUUCACUUUUCGCAACAAAUGUCUUGUCCGAAACUUCUUCCAGCACACUCGAUAUUGUGAUAGUAACGUAAUAUCUCCCGUCUCUUUGGUGCAGGAGUUGACGCGUAUGAAAAUGGGUCUAACCUGCGCACCAGCCUGCCCUUUCACAUCUUGCUGGACCUCACUUAUUCCUCCUACGUAAAGGAUGCAAUGAGAGACACUUUUUGACGGAUAUGAAUAUAUACACCCUCCACUGCCUGCACUUUAGCGCAAGAUCACUACUAAUACGGGAAUAGGCGUUUUAAUGGUGGAGCUUUUUUAAAGGGAACGGACGAUACGGUUGAAAUGAUGUAGCAAGCAGGACGGUCAAGUUUGUACCAUAUACAUGUUAUAAUGUAUUAAAUAAUUUUAAAUUUAACCCCGCGCAGUAUAUGUAACCAAUAGGAAAUCUUGCGAUCCCAAAGAAAAAACUGUACGCCCAUCCUCAAAAAGGGAGUGAUAACUGAUCCGUAAAUGGAAUAAUCAAUAGACUUUCGGUAAGACCGCCAAUACUCCCUUUACCACCAUUCCCAUAUUAAAGGUGGUAUUGAACCAAAGUGCUGAGGCUCGGAGUGCAUACAUUCAUAUCCUAUCAAAUUUUGUUUCAUUUUUAUCCGUGAGGUCUGUGGAACACAGGGACAGCCGUAAAUGGUCGCAUAGUACUACUGAUAAGGACGAGAGAAACUGGAAUAGCGACUUGCUGGCAGUCAAAAAUACCCCGAUUCUAGACCCAACGGACUGAGAUGUAAUUUCAGGGUAAACGAGGUCCCUCGUAAUUGGCCCUUAAUGGAGGAUGGAUUUGGUGAAAACUCUUUACGUGCGACUUUGAAUGACCUCGUUAGCAGUUGAUAGGAUGUGAGCCUGUUAUUCUUUUGGUCGUGUUUGACUCAAAUGCCUGAUGAGUUUGCGGCCUGGAAUUGGGAUGUGAUGACUGAAUAGGAAAAGCAAGCUGGAAAUGGUCACUUCAGCCACUCUCGUCCAUGUCGGUUACGCUUUUUGUAUCGUUCUAUAUCUACUUAAUACUACUUCUUCAUUACUAAGUUGGGGGGGGGGCGAUUUAACCCACAAUAAGACCGGAUAAUAGAAUAUCAGCGUGUUAUUAUCAUACUCUAGACUGCUUCUGUAAUUUUUUUCUCUUUUGUUUCCUCAGUGGAGAGGAGGGAGUCUCCGCAGCCCGACUGAAGAUGGAGGUAAUUUUGCUAAUCCCGUGAGCGCUUUCGCAUGCCAAAUGAGCAAACAAUGAAAGAGCUGUAUGAGCAUGUUCCUUGGUCUUAUAUGUCAUUUCCACGUGCCGAAAGGCUUACAAGUUACCCAUUGGGAUAUUUAAUGCAAUUGACUGUCAAGGAGGAAGAGCGAUUGAAAAACAUAACCGGGGAAUCGGACAAAGGCAAUGUUCGCAGCUUUUGCAUCCCUGGAUUUAAUUCUUUGUCUCCGAGCUAACUUUCCGGUAGACAUUAGAUAACGGGUGCAUACCGGGCACGCAGUACUUGGUGCUGUUCAGUGACAGUUAGUGAGGCCAAGCGACGAUAGCAUCAUCUGCGAUGGCAAAAGUGCAGAAAUGGACAUCUGAUCUCCAUCAGUAACUUUCAGCACUGGAAAAAUCAAACAGAAUCGUCGCAUAUGCAAUAACUGGUCCAAAGUGAGUCAGUAAAAGUGGUAUACAGCUUACUCCACGUAUCCGAUGAGUAUUGCGGAAAUGAACGAUAUAUGCGCGCCAAUUCGACUCCGUCUUAUGCCAAAGUCUUCGCACUUCCAUCCGUCCGCAGGCUCGGUAUAACAAUCAUCAUCUAUUUUCAAACACCGUUUGAUAGGCAUCGUUGACGACCUACUAGUGAGCAUGUAGUGCCAGCGCAUUAGGUGAUUAUAAAAUAUUAACCGCGCCAAAAGCAAUGAGCCGAUGCAACGUAAACAACCAUUAGCAGUGCUGUAGACUAUUUGCAUAAAUCCAGUUAUUGUAGUGUGGCGCUUACGUGCACGAUAUGCUUGCAGGACACUACGGAGCAGUGUAUUCUAGAGAAACAUAUUACACUGGGCUUUGCGCCUUCCAUUAUCAUGAGGGUACGAAAAUGAAGCGAAGAAAUAGGCUCUGUAAACCAGGGAUGGAAGGUUGCAAUUGUUAGAUGACCAAGCAUCAUACCGCAAACAACGUUGCCGGAGGACGACAGGGGACAGUUUAUAAGUUACCAUUGUCCACUUUUGCCAAGAAAGAAGAGUGGUGGGAGAACGAGAAUGCUAUCAGUUCGGGAAAAUUUCGUGAAUGUAAAAUGACACAACCGUCACAUGCAAGGAUGAAUGGCUCUUAACUACGCUCCGUCCGUCUCCUCCUCGUUCCUAGAAGGUUUCCAACUAGCUUUUUCCCUGCCUGAUCUGAGACGACUAUUGAGCUGCAUUGGUAGCAUUGCAAGGCACGAAAUAACUUAGCACUGUUGUCACCUCGAGUUCACCAUUCUUAUUUUUUGUUUUAACAGGCAGAAGCCAAGAAACGCCGAGAACGUGCUGAAGAGGAAUGGAAGGAGUAUGAGGAAAUGCGUCGUGCUGAACGCGAAAAAGAAGACGAAGAAAUCAGAGAACUUCGUGAGCGACGGGUGAGUCCUAAUUGAGUAGGAACCACUCGUUAAGGAUAGCCAAUGCCUGCCAGCGUUUCUUAGGCAUCCGAGAGAAGUGCACAAAAUAUUAAGUGAAUUCGCAGCUGGGUAGUCGGUUAACUGGGUCAUACUGGAAAACUGUUGAAGAAUAAACACGGUUCUUCAGGGCCCAUUUUACUCUGCUUUUCAAGGAGAACCAUUCCAUAUAACUUGCAAAUAUGGAAAGGUGGUGUGCCUUUUAAACGGAAAAUAAAACGAUCUGCUGAGUGUAAGUUCUGCCAUGUGUCUGACAGAAGGUACGGGCCCCCGAAGGUCAGACUAAUCGGUCGGACUUAAGAGGCCGCGAGUAUGGGAUAUAGUGAUAUGCACAGUAGAUGUGCUGACUCAUGAAAUGUUAUUCGAAAUUCUGAAAUGUGUUUUCGACUUGAAAAGAUUACUUAAGCAUGGUUAUGAUAUUACUCAUUGUGUAGCUUAAUCCUAUACUAAUUCAAAAACUUCAAGAUGCCGGCUUUUGAACGAAAUUUUCGGCCGCCUGUGAGAACCGCACUCUGCAGAAAAUGGCCGCUUAUGUAGCAUAACUUUUUCUGACUGAUUUUCGAUGCCCUUAUAAAUUCAAAUAUAUUUCAUCGAAGACAUGUAUACGAUACCCGUUCUUUUACCCAUUUUAUAGAAAAUCACGCCUUGUUUAGAUUUUAUGCUUGAAAAGGGUAUAAUUCGGUUUAAAACUAUUUUCCAGUUCUCGAAUAAUCUUGAGCCCGACUAGCGGUUACACUUGCAUUCAGGAAUUCCAAACCACGAACUGUGUAUUUUCCGUAUGCGGUAAAUCCUACAUUUCUACACGGUAUUAAGAGAAGACCAUAUGGGCAUUAUCAAAUUUAGCAGUUAAUUUGAGCCAUAUUGUAAACUUUACAAAGAACAUUAGUAUAUGCAGAGACACGAUGUUUUAUGAACGGGCACUUCACGGUUUUAAAAAUUUCAUGAUUAGAAGCUUUUUAAAACCCACUUGUUUUCCUACUUCAUUUAUAAGAAUUUUAAGAAGACGUAAGUUUCCACAUAAUGCGUAAAAGAAUGGAAAUUUUGUGCAUGUUGUCACCAAAGUAUAUUUGAAUUUAUAAGGGCAUCGAAAAUAAAUGAGAAAAAUGCAUGCUACCUAAGUAGCCAUUUUCUUUAGAGUGCAGUUCUCCCAGGCGGCCGAAAAGAAGUUCGUUUAAAAUCCGGUAUCCUGAAAUAUUGGAAUUAUUAUAGGGUUAUGCUGCAUGUUGAUUAAUAUUAAAACCCUAAGUAAGUAAUAUUUUCGAGUCGAAAACACAUUUCAGAAUUUCGAUUAACAUGUCAUGAGUCAGCACAUCUAUGUAAGCGCUGAGGUCAACAAAGGAAGGACGACUGUACGGCAUCGGGAACCUGUCGGGGGCAAAAGGGAGGAGUCCACUGAAUUUGAAAAUUUGAUCGACAAUUUAAUCUUUCCUAAUUGGUUUCCAGACCUACGUCGGUUCGCUCAGAAGUCGACGCAGUCGAUUUUCGGAAUCCAAACGUUGUUAUCUACUGCGGCCUCAUUAACUGGAAUCCACCGUUCUAACGAAACAUUGACAAAGAAAGAUUAUUGAAAACGAUAUGGCUGAUGCGUUCAAAACCCACCUGGCAGUAGUAUUUCAGGGUUCAACGUGGUUUUGAGAUGUGGGACCCAGUAUCCUAGCAAAGAAACGACUUUGUUCCAAUGUGACUGGACAGCAACGAUGCAGCACUGUUUGGUGGAAAGUGAAAAGCGAAAGACAUUAUGGGAUUUAUCAGGAUCCCGGCAGUGCGAGACGCCCGUUCAAGAAAAACUAGGAUCCGGGUAACGAUAUUUUGUUCGACAAAGAGGUCUUGCUGUGAUACGUAGCAGGAAAGGGCUAAGACCAGCCACUUUUACGUACUGGACAGUAUCCGUCAGUAGCCUGUCGUAUAGGUGGGCAGGCUGUGCUGGCAGUGAAACAAUCUGAUUUGACUUUAACCACUAUUUCCAGCAAAGUGUCUAACCUAAUACCUAUAAAAUGUCCUCCGUGAAAUAAACUCGGAACUAAUUUAAUUCUUGCGCUUCGUCUUCCUUACUUUUAGGAGCGUCGCAAAAAGGAACGGGAAGAGGAGGAGAAGCGUUUGGCAGAACAGCGCGCCGUCGAAGAGCAGAAAAAACGCGCUGAAGAUGUAAAUUUUUCCCCGUGUAAAAUGCAUUUCUUAUGACAGUAUAUUCAGUUUGACGUCUUUCAGCCAUUAAAAUUAAUUUCUACAAAGCCUUCCACUUUAUCUCUUCAGGAAGAACGCCAACGCAAGAAACGCGAAGAAGAGCAGAGGAAACGUGAGGAGCGCGAGCGCAAACGCGCCGAAUUCGAGGAAAAGUCGAAGCAGGCGACACGUCGUAAUUUUGUCAUAAACAAGAAAGCUGGCUCCGUUGAGGUAUGUUUUAGGGUGUCAGGAGGUGUCCUCAAAUACAAGAAUAACAGUAUACCUCACCAGUCCACUUUUGCUGCGGUCCUGUGGCGGCCUAAUCCCCGCCAACAAAAUUACCUCUGAACUAGGAGAAAGAAAUACCUUAGCAGGGACAUUUCACAAGCCUGCUAUAUGAUGCUGCAUCCCUUCCCAUUUUCAUCCGACUGUGUCGUUCACCUGCUCGAAGGCCAUUUUUUUCCUCCUGAUUAAGUGAAAAGUAGUACGCGUUUGAGAAACAGCUGAACAAUAUUGCCUGAUGGAUUAGAAGUUUGUCCUUCCGUAAACGCCAGUUGACGUUAACAGACACCUGUUUUCACAUGUUAGAAGAUCGGCCAAAGCGGCUCAGUCUUCUUGAAUUCACAAUACUUCUUGCAAAUGUGUUUAAUGAAGUCAUCCAAACAAAAGCAGAAGGUAUCAUUAAAAUGCCUCUGGAAAACAUCUUAUUCGGAGAUUUUGAACACUCACCCACAUGCACCGCGAUCAGCAGUAGUGUGUAACUAUUUGUUCUCUUAUAGUCCGAGCGGACUGAAAAAUUCAGCAGUAUGUUCACUUUUAGUGCGGUGAGGAAAGAGUGUCACAGGUGCCGCGCGAGCCUGCUAUAUUUAAAACCACUUCCCAUGCAAUUCACCGUCCCCGGCAUACUCCAUGCUGUGCGACACACGGUGGAUAUCGUCGUUUACAACGGUCUCACCGAUGAUCAAAGGAGAGAAAUCCGUCCUUGUAAUUUAACCGAAGCGUCCCAAAGCAAUGCUUUUGAUCAAAAGGCGUCGUUUUUAGAUAAUCGUGGUCCCUCGUUCAAUGCAGCCAUUUAGUAAUAUGGAUGGGGAGGGCGAAAAUUUAGACAGGUAGUAGUGACGUGUUUCGACAGAAAUAAACUUAUCAGAUUUACCCACUAGAUCCACUAGACCUACAACUUAUGCUUGCUUCUUUUUAACAUAUUUCAAGCUCUACCUGUCAUAGACAAGUAGUCCUUUGCGUCCUUCCUCCGCAUUCUUAUCGAAGCUAUUUCAUUUUUGACCUACCUGUUGAUAAACAAAGAGUGUGAAUAACAGGCGACCUCUUACAGCCUUUAAUAAAAAAGAUGGUUAAUGUAAAAAAGAAACAUAUCUUAUUCCCUGACAUGUAGAGUCAUUGUUUAGUUAAGGUAAAUUUAAUAUUCAGUUAGCGCAUUGCAGUCUCACCCCCAGCCGGAAAAACUAAUUAUCCUUCCACCCAUGCUCUGCCAUCUUUCAGAUGGCUGAGGAAGUCAAAAAGGAGGAGGUCACUAAGUCGAAGGAACAGUUGGAGGCCGAACGCAAGGCCAUCUUGGAACAGCGGAUCCAGCCAUUACAGAUAGACGGCCUUAAAGGAGAGCAACUUCGCGCCAAGGCCAAGGAGCUGAAUGAGUUAAUCAUGAGACUUGAGGGUGACAAGUACGAUUUGGAACAGAGAUUCACGCGCCAAAGCUAUGAUGUAAGUUUAACGAAGACAACGAUCACUCCUAGACUAGAUUUCUCUGCCUCCCUCUGUCCUCCGACAGUAAUGCAUGCAAAAUGUAUUGACCAAAUUAUCGGUUAUGUGUGCUUUUUAGAUGCAAGAGCUGGCUGAACGUGCGCGGCAAAUGAACAAGGGGUGAGUAGAUGCAUUUCAGAUGAAGUUUUUGUUGACGUUUGCCGUCUUCUUUCGGUUCUGAGAACGACCGUGGACUUUUAUAGUUUACAUAAAUUGCGAUUUUUGAUUUGAUAAAUUGUCUGGUAUAUUUAUUAGUUUAAAAAAUCCUGUUUUACAUUCACUUAUGUUUUUUGUAUAUAAUUUCAGAGACAAGCGAUCUAAACAAGUACAAAACGCACCGUAA